AUGGGGAUUCAAUUCGGAUCCUUCAACGCCAUCUGCGAGACCGCCGCCCUCGUCAUCUGCCCUCUCGUAGAAACGUCUCAGGGGGUAGAGCCUACGUGCUAUAGCAGGAAUGUUGAGAUAGGAGGAACGCUGAUAUUCCAACCAUCAACAUGCUUUGUUCACAUCGUUGCCAUUAUAAUGACUGCCAUAAUGAUCAUACAUAUACGGAGCAAGUAUACGGCAGUUGGACGGAAAGAAAUUGUGACAUUCUUCUGGAUGUACGCCCUCAUUGAACUUCUCGCCAUGUUCCUCGAUUCCGGUAUAAUACCAACUGAUAAUGUCACUUAUAUGUGGUUCGCUGCGGUGUAUACGGGCCUGGUAGCAUCCGCCUACACCUGUUUGCUCAUAAAUGGAUUUGUUGGCUUCCAAUUUGCAGAGGACGGUACACCACUAUCUCUCUGGUUCCUUCGGAUAUCGUGCCUGGCCGUAUGGGGAGUCUCCUUCUUCGUUGCCAUUGCUACCUUCCAACAAUUCGCCGGGUUCAAAUAUACUAAGCCCAUCGGUCUAUGGAUCAUUUACAUCCUCUGGCCUCUUGUUUGUACCGUCAUCUAUAUUGUCUCGCAGCUCAUCCUCGUGUUCCGCACGCUUGAUGAUCGAUGGCCCAUCGGUGACAUUGUCUUCGGCACUGCUUUCUUCACUAUUGCCCAGGUCCUUCUGUUCGCGUUCAGUGUCACGAUCUGUGAUUCUAUCAAGCAUUACAUCGACGGCCUGUUCUUCUUCACGCUGUGCAUGCUUUUGAGUGUCAUGAUGGUGUACAAGUAUUGGGAUUCAAUCACCAAAGAGGAUUUGGAGUUCUCGGUCGGCUCCAAGGCUGCCGUGUGGGAAGUCAAAGACCCUUUGCUUGCUGGUGCUGGUGCUGGCGGCAUGGACUACUCAACUGAAGAAGACAACGCGAGCAACUAUCACGGCGGCGGUCCAGCUAGUCUCGUGGGAGGGGUCAGUGGAGGUCAGCUGUACGGCGCUCCACAUCAUCAGCCGUAUGGGGGACCGCAGAAAGGAGGGAUGAGAGGGUAUCCACCCUCAGCUGGCGACAGGUAUUGAGGUUGGGAGUUGGUUGCUAUUCAGGGCUGCUGUCAUGGCUUUCAUUCAUCAUCAUCAUUGUCAUCAUCAUCAUAUAAGUACGUUAUUUGGACCGGACUCACUCACUUACCCAUCCCCCCAACCAUCCAUUUCUUCCUCCCUCCUUCUUCCAUCCCCACCUUCCCCACCUUACACCCUCCGUCGAUCGAUCAAAGUACCCUACCCCCAUCCCUCAUGUGCAAGGAAGGAAUUAUUUUUACAUACCCCACACCCGCUGCACACAAUUCAAUCACAUUCAUCGAGCCGUCC